AUGUUCUCCUCAGCUCACCUUCUGCUUCUGGCUCUUGCCGCAUCGACUGGAUUGGCCGCGUUCUCGUCGGAUCAAUGCGUUUGCUCGGACCUGAAGCCAUGCUUGGACAAAGUCAAGUCCACGGUGCCCAAAUGUACGGAAUACUGUUCGGUGAGUUGAUUUUGUUAUUGUUUUCUGUUUUUAGCGAUAAGAUGGAAGUUCUGGGUUUGGAUAGGAAUUUUUGAUGGUUAUAGGUAGAAUAGGAUCUUUUCUUUGAGGUUCAAAUUUUUUUGGGUUGAUUUCAAGUUAUUUUUGGAACAUUAUAUUGUUUUAGUUGUAGUAAAGUCAGGUCAAGGUAAGAUAACAUAGAUUUGGUCCUUUUCCUGGACUUUUUGAGUCUUUUUGUUAGCAGUAUACCAGGUUUAGAUUACUGAGAAGGUUUUAGAUAGAGAUUGAGAUAGUUGUCGCUUAAUUUGAAGUUUUUACUAUCAGAUUUCAUUGAGGUACGUCUAGCUUUAUCGUUCAUGUCUAAAGCAAUGUUUUUUGUCAUAAAUUCUAUGGUUUUGUGACAGUUUGAAACUAAGAAUAGUUUGGAAAGACAAUUAACUAGCUUCUCGAUUAAAAAUAGUUUGCGUAUCACUUAUGUUUAAGCUUCUUUGAUAAAUUUUUGUUAAGGUAGAUCUGUUUAAUGGUUGGUCUCCAUAACACUGUUUUCCGUUGUAAUUUCUGCAAUUGCUGGUAGCUUGAGUUUUAGAAUAGCUUUAUUAGAUAAUUGAGUAGCUUUAUCAUUAAGAAUCACAGGAAUAUAAGUUGAAAUCAUGUAAUUCUAGCAAAAAGUUGAGAUGGCUUUAUUAGUUCAAGGAUAAUAUCAUUUUUACGAUAUGGCUGACGAUAUGGUUUUUCUUAUCCCUUUUGAGCUUUUGAUUUUGUUUUCAAUGUUUUAUAUAUUUGAUUCUUAUUUUUCCAAUUUCAGCCUCAACUCACUCAAAUUGGUGUCAACCUUGACGAGGCCAAGAAGUGCACAGAUUACUACAGCCCUGAAUUCGAUGCUACUGUCAAGUGUAUCAAGGAGGAGUUCUCGAACAGUUGCGCCCAGAAUUCAUCCGACGCCAAGCACGAUAUCCAGAAGCGCGAUCCCAACACCUUGAAGUUGGCCGUCCUCUCCGAGCUCAACAAGUGGAUCACCUACAACGCCCCACAAUUGAAGCAGACCAUUGCUCAGUCCCUCCAGUUCAUCAUCUGCACCAAGAAGUGCGUUGACAUCAGAACCUCGAAGUGCGCUGACGGAUUCAACUGCGUAUUGGACCUGCCUUCCGACCAGGAUGUGAUCAAGGCUGCAAAGACUUGCAUCAGCAACAACUGGACUACCGCCAAAGCUCAGGACUUGUGCAACUGCUUCUCCGAGUCUGGAUUCCAAAAGCUGGCCCCAGUGUGUCCCAAGAUUCAGAUCGAGCCCGCUCAGACCCGGUUCGUGCCAAGGAACGUGACCUGUGGGAACGUCAACUAG